AUGGUUCCCUCCCGGGUCCGGAUCGGUAGAUGGGUGGCCGCGGCCAGGGCGGCCCAGAAGCGCCCUCGUGUGGACGGCUUGGGACAGCCUCGGCGUUCUGAGUCCGCGAGCACGCGCGCGGCGCUCUACGUGCACUGGCCCUAUUGCGAGAAGCGCUGCAGCUACUGCAACUUCAAUAAGUACAUCCCCCGUGGCGUGGAGGAGGGCGCCUUGCGGAACUGCCUGGUGACUGAGGCGCAGACGCUGCUGCGGCUCAGUGGGGUGCAAAGGGUGGACUCUGUGUUCUUUGGUGGGGGAACCCCGAGUCUGGCCAGUCCUCACACUCUGGCUGCUGUCUUGGAGGCCGUGGCGCAGGAAGCCCAUUUGCCUGCAGAUUCAGAAGUCACAUUGGAGGCUAACCCCACUUCAGCCCCAGGUUCCAGGCUGGCAGCUUUUGGAGCAGCAGGAAUCAACAGGUUGUCCAUCGGUCUGCAGUCCCUGGAUGACACGGAGCUGCAGAUGCUGGGACGGACUCACUCAGCCCGAGACGCUUUGCGGACUCUGGCUGAAGCCAGGCGCCUUUUCCCUGGCAGGGUAUCCGUGGAUUUGAUGCUAGGGCUGCCGGCACAAAAGGUGGAGCCAUGGCUUCAACAACUUCAGAAACUGCUGGACCACUGUGAUGACCACCUCUCCCUCUACCAGCUGACCCUGGAACGGGGCACCUCACUCUUUGCCCAGGUGCAGCAGGGCACCCUCCCAGCCCCUGACCCGGACCUGGCUGCUGAGAUGUACCAGCAGGGCAGGACCAUCCUUCGAGAUGCUGGCUUUCGCCAGUAUGAGGUCUCCAACUUUGCCCGGAACGGGGCGCUCAGUACCCACAACCGGACUUACUGGCAGUGCGGUCAGUACCUUGGCAUUGGGCCUGGAGCCCAUGGACAAUUUGUGCCCCGGGGAGCUGGAGGCCACACCCGGGAAGCACGGAUACAGACACUGGAGCCAGACAACUGGAUGAAAGAGGUGAUGCUGUUUGGCCACGGCACGCGGAAGUGUGUCGCCCUGAGCAAGCUGGAGCUGCUGGAGGAGGUUUUGGCUAUGGGGCUGCGCACUGAUGUGGGGGUCACUCAUCAGCACUGGCAGCAGUUUGAGCCCCAGCUGACCCUGUGGGACGUGUUCGGAGCAAGCAGGGAGGUGAAGGAGUUGUUGGCACGGAGUUUGUUGCUGCUGGACCACAGGGGUCUCCGGUGCUCCUGGGAGGGUCUAGCUGUGCUGGACUCACUGUUACUGAUCCUCCUGCCUCAACUCCAGGAGGCCUGGCAGCAGCACAGGACUCCCUCACCUGUGUCAGGAGGAUGACCAGCUGUUCCUGCAACGUAGGGCAACACCAGUUGGACUUGGAAGGCUGGGCCAGCAUGGUGGGCAUCCCUCUUCUGCCUACAAGUGCCUCUCUGCUUUAAGUCCUUAUUGCUUGACUCUGACCCCAUGGGGAUGGCUACGGUGAAUUGGAAGAAAGGACAUCCCUGAUCUGGGAACUGGUAUCCCACUCAGCAUCCCAGGAACCACAGAUCAGCAUGUGACUGGGAUGUACUCAUCACACUCUGGCUUUUGUUGGCAAUAUUUGGAAAUCAUUCUGUAGGGCAUUGUGUCUGUUGGAGAAACCUCCCUCAUUCUGGAGUAAAGCCCCGGAGUUAGUUUGUAUGAUUCAGUAGAACUGAAUCCCCUCCAGCUGUCUUAAACAAGAAAAAACAUAGGAAUGGGAUAUUUACAAAAUUAUUUAAGAUGCUGGAGAGAUGGCUCAGUGGUAAGAGCAGUGUUUGCUCUUCCAGAGGACCAAGGUUCCAUUCCCAGUAGCCGUGUG